AUGGAGUUUACCUUUUACUACUACGCACCCUCUGGUGCUGCUGGAGGCAUCUUCGCUGCUCUGUUUGGCAUCUGCACCAUCCUCCACCUCUACCAGCUCCUCCGAACAAGAACUUGGUUCAUGAUUCCAUUCGCCAUCGGCGGUGCCUUGGAAACCGUGGGCUAUAUCGGUCGUGUCCUCUCCUCGACUGAGACCCCAAACUUCACCAAAGGGCCAUAUGUUAUGCAAAGCGCCCUCAUCCUGAUCGCCCCCGCCUUCCUCGCUGCCAGCAUCUAUAUGACCCUGGGUCGCAUCAUCGCCAUGCUUAAUGCUGAGCGAUGCUCUAUAAUCCCGUUGCGCUUUCUGACGAAGAUCUUUGUCGCCGGUGAUGUCCUCUCGUUCCUGAUGCAGGCUUCUGGCGCCGGAAUCAUGGUCAAAGACGUCGACAGCGCACAAAUGGGACAGAAUAUUAUUGUCGGGGGAUUAUUCGUGCAGAUUGCCUUCUUCGCCUUCUUCGUGAUCACCGCUGGAGUCUUCGAAAUCCGCAUGGCUAGACAGCAGGUCACUGUCUCGCCUGAUCUGCAAAGUAUCUGGCGGCGACAUAUGAUGGCGUUAUUCUUUACCAGCGUCCUGAUCUUGAUACGUUCAGUGAUUCGUGUUGUUGAGUACUUGAUGGGCUAUGACUCGUACCUUAUGCGCCAGGAGGUGUUUAUCUACGUGUUUGAUGCGCUGUUGAUGUUUAUUGUCCUGAUUACGCUGAACUGGAUCCAUCCGAGUGAGGUCAACUGCGCAUUAGGCAAGGGAGAGAGAUAUCUCAGACGAGCUGUUGCUGUUCGCAAGUUCGCGACGAGUACGAGAGAGAUGGAGGUGGCUUGA